GAAAAUGGAACGGACAGCAUGGCUGCCCCUGCCCUUAGUACCUACACCCCAGAAGAGAUGGUACAACAGAUGAAAGAACUAAUCACUGAGAACAAUGAGUUAAAAGAAGCCAUGAAGUUGCAUAACCAAGCUAUGAAGGACCGAUAUGAAGAACUUUCCAUCUGGCGAGAGAAGCAGAAAGAAGAAAGAGAAUUUUACGAGAUAAAGUUUAAGGAGGCUAAGCAGUGCUUGUUAGCCAAGUGCAUUGAAAAUGAACAGCUACAGCAACAACUUCAGAGCUUAAAGGAAAGAGAAGAAGGAGCUGAAAUGGAGGGCUGCGUGGCUCCCGAGAAGGAAGUGAAGCAGCUGAAAUCCCAGGUGCAGCGGCUCCAGGCUGAGAAGGCAGAUCUGCUAGCCAUCAUUUCAGAACUGCAGGUCAAGCUGAACAUCUCAGCAGAGGAUUCCUUUGUGGAGAUCGGGAUGAGCGAAGGAGAAAUAAAUAGAACUGCAAAGGAACAUCGAGAAAAUAGUGGUGAAAUGGCCAGUAACGUUGCUGUCUACAUGAGCAAAGCAGCAGAUGAAUCGAAGAAUUUGGAGUCUGAGGAGCUAACUGUGAGCCAGCUGCUCUGCUGCCUUAGAAAUGAAACUCAGAAGAGGGAAAAACUUGAGAAGGAGCUGCAGGAUCAGAGGGAGAGACUGUCAAAGCUGGAGAAGGAAACCAGCAGCUGCCUGGAGAGUGGGACACAAACUGAACAGGAAGAGGAGAGUUCAGAGGCUGUUGGCAGUGAAGUAGAAACCCUGAAUUUGCAAGUUUGUGCUCUGUUUAAAGAGCUUCAGGAAGCCCAUGAGAAGUUAAAGGAAGCAGAAGUGAUUCAGAAGAAGCUUCAAGAAAAGUGCCAAGUACUGGAAAGAAAAAGCUCAGCUGCUGCAUUAGAAUUGGAGGAGAAGCAGCAGCUAAUAUACGCCAACAAGAAGCUGGAACUUCAGGUGGAGAGUAUGCAGGCAGAGAUCAAGCUGGAACAAGCCAAGACACAUGAAGAAAAGGCAAGAUACAGUAGCUUGCAGGAUGCAUACAGCAAACUCCUUCCUGAACUCACUGAGGCAAAGAAAACAAUCAAUGAAAUGCAACUCAAAGAGCUGGACAGAGUGGAUAAAGCUGUGGUGGAACAGCUGAAUGCAAAGGUGGAGCUGGCAGAACAAGCCCUUGCUGUAAAGCAGCUCCAGAUAGAUGAAAUGAAGCAGUUAAUUGCUAAGCAAGAGGAGGACCUUGAAACCAUGGCUGUGCUCCGUGCUCAGAUGGAGGUUUACUGCUCUGAUUUCCAUGCUGAGAGGGCAGCAAGAGAGAAGAUCCAUGAGGAGAAGGAGCAGUUGGCCGUCCAGCUGGCAUACCUGCUAAAAGAGCAGCAAAACCUUGAAGAGCUUGGCCGAAACUCUUUGGCGGAGAUGCAGAAUCGCCAUGGAGCCAGGGCACCAGAUCGGGAACACUCACCUCGCCUUGUCCAAAGAGGAACUGGUAGCCAAGACUGGCCAGAGCAGCGGAACAUCUCAGUAUAUUCAUGUCCCAAAUGUGAAGAAAUUCUACCUGAUUUGGACACACUGCAGAUUCACGUUAUGGACUGCAUUAAUUGAGUGAUGCCCUCCAGUUCUUCAUCUUCUGGAAUUCCACCUGCCAAAUACAUAUUUUUUUUUUCUUCCCACUCGAAUAAUGCUCAACUCCUACAUCCAGUGAAGGAGGUUUUCAGGGUUUUUCUUGUUAAUUCAUAGGGAGAAGGGUAAAACCCCUACCCUGCCCUGUACUCACUAAUCUUGUUUUAAUCUGCUUUAGAAAAUUAAUUUUUAUAGGUUAACAAUGUGGAUAUGUUAAAGAACUCCCAGUGUGUCUGCUGCUAUGAAAU